AUGACCGGAGACAAAACAGCAUGCUCCAGGCUUUCGGAAGAUCGCUCACGGCCACGGGGACUGAAAUGGAGAUCUUCUAUGUGGUUUGUUACGACUGUCGUUGGUCUAGGAGUUACGACUGAUCUCCUCGUUUACUCACUCAUUGUACCAAUCAUUCCGUUCCAACUAGAAAAUCUGGAUCAUGUUCAUGUUAGCUCCGCCUACUGGCUAUGGUCAUCGCACGCUUUACAAGGCGUGAGCUCAACGGUCAUCUGGGUUGCUGGACUUGCGCUCUUAUGUGACAGUGUACCAGAGAGUUCUGUCGGGAGACAACUCGGUAUCGCGAUGAAUUCCUCGUCGGCCCCCCGUAUCAGGAGCCUCUACGAUAAAUUUGGAUUCCACGGCCCCUUCAUCUUCGGCAUCAUCAUCACGGCUAUAGACCUCAUCGGCCGGCUCCUGGUCAUCGAGCGGAAACAUGCGAUUCUCUGGGCCUCUGAAGUCUGUGAGAGCCGACGCCGUUUUCGCAUGCACGCUGUUAUACGCGUACGUAGCCGCCAUCAUCCUGCACUGGCACUGAACCUAAUCGUCUUCGGUGCCAAGGUGGAUACUUUCCAGUCAGGAACCAGCACUUCCGCUUCACCUCCAGGACGUAUGGAAGUUCAAUCAUCCAAGGUGGGGCUGGUGUACAUCGCCGCGGUGGUGCCCACCUAUUCUGUACGUGGCGCCAUCCGUUCGGGCCAAUCGUUGUUAAGUUCGCGUAGCCUCCACCAUAACCGGUUACUUCGUCGACAAACUGGGGACAGGUCCAAUCGUAGUCGCCUCGCUCGCUUUUCGCUGCCCUGGAUCCUCGUGCUCAUCGUGCAAUCGUCGCUUCCUCUGUUCAUCGUCGUGUUCGCCCUAGCCAACUUCGGCGUGGCUGGGACGGUAUCCCCGCUGACGGCGGAGCUCGCGGCGGUGACACGACAGCUGAAUGGCGUUGGCUAUGCACACUUAUACGAUCAUCUCGCACGAGGUUGGAUGGCGAUCUGUCUGUUUGGUGCUGGCUCCGCGCUACUAGCUAUGAUGCUGGCCAUCACGUCCUUCGGCGACGUGACCGUGUUGUCGCGCAUCCGGGGAAAGAUGACAGAACACUCCAUAUUUGCGACCGAGACUCGCCGUAGUAAUGAUGCAUGA